AUGUACGACGAUGAUGAUUCAGAGACAAGAGGCGGCAAGCUGAGGCAAAAGGUGGGCGGUGGAGUCCGGAAAGUUGCCCGUGGGACGAGGAGAAUGUCCUUGAUGGCUGCUGAAAACGUCCAGAAAAACACAAAAAAGGUUGCAGCAGCAGUAGGUGUCAAAGAAGGCAAGAAAAAGAAAAAGAAGAAAAAGAAAAAGGAAAAGAAAGAAAAGAAGAAAAAACGAGGAAGAUCAGAGAGUCCCAAGCGAAGCAACAAUGCAUCAAAACCACCCGUUACCAAGGCUGGCUUGAAGGCACUCUUUAGUCCCAAACGAUGGAGAUCUGCCAGUCCAGCUGUGGGGGGACGAAAGAAAAAGAGAGCAGGUGAUGAGGAGGAGUCAGAUGCUGUCACUCCCAUGUCAAGCUUCUCUCCCAUGGACCCUGCAAUUGGGCCACCAGAUCCUGCCAUGCCAUACUCUCCAGUUGAUGCAUCCAUGAUGAUGGGAAUGAAUGGUUCUGCACAUCAUGCUGCAGCGUACUCUGGAGGAGGAGUUAAUGCAAGCAUGAACGCAUAUUCCAAUCACAAACCUUCGGCGGAUGCCAUUGGGGCAUCCAUAAGAAGCCUUUCCAGUGCAGAGAAGUUGCAACGCACCCAAGAACAAGAGAGAAUCGAAAGAGACAACCAGGUUCCAGUGAUAUCGAUGGUGCUACAGUCAAGUCACUUUAUCAAGUACACUGAUAUGGCAUUUGACUUGGUGGAUUCAAAUAAUAGUGAUAGUGUGGACGAGACGGAACUCUAUGCUGGACUUCUGUUGAUUCAUCUUAAAUUGGGAAGCUGGUUGGGUCCAGCGGCUUGUAAGCCUCUGAGCCGAGAUCGAUGCAGCUCCAUGUAUCGCAAAUUCGACAACACCAACACUGGAGGCCUGGAUCGAGAUGAAUUCCGAAGAAUCAUGAUUGUUCUCUUUGGAAACGUUUUUGCUCGAGUGGUCGUACAAUACACCCUCACACUCCUUGUUGUCCCUCUGAUAGCCAAAAGUGCGGUGGAUUUCCUCACUUUGGAUAUGCAAGGAUUCUGGGACUAUUGGACCAAACCAAAGAGGCUCCGUCGCAUGGGUGACGAAUUCACACUAGAUGAUUUCAUUGACUGGAACAUCACAUCCUUCCCUAGCAGCCGGAGGACCUUUUUCACAAAGAUGUACAAACUCUUUCGGAUCGGAUCAGAUUCCUUCUGGGACACAUUUUCUUUGACGUUCAUGACUGUUGUACUGGGUAUUGUCAUUGCUCCUUUGGUGCUGCAUUACUGUGAUGACUUUGUUCAGUAUGCAGUGGCGUGGAAGGACAAUCGCAACAAACAAACGAGCAAAAGGCGUUGA